UAGUCGCAAAUCCUACCAGAUCCUCUACCACGACGGAGAAAGACCGGAUCAAAGGGAAAUCUGACAAUCCCGACCCAUUCCCAGCGAGCAACCACCCUGUCCCCCAAACGAAUCAGUUUCGGCAAGGUCAUUCCAGAAGCACGAGUGGAUACAAUGGCGAGAAAGCGCCCAGCCCCCGUCGACACCCCCGAGGAGCCUCUAACGCAGACCCCCCAGAAGCGAGCCAGAAAGCCUCCAACAGACAAGAAGCCCGUCAUCCACGCACCGCACCCUCCCUCUCCAUCCCUCUCCCCUAACGAUAAGACCCAAGGUGCACAGUGUGUGGAUCCUGUCACCGUAGAAAAAGAGCUGUACACCGAGGCGUUCUUCGCAGACAUGGCUUACACCAUCGCGCGCAUCUUCCCCUUUGAGCAAUUCGCCGAGAAGCACGGAUGUGCCGUCAGUUUGGUUUCCCAGGCCCUAAUGGCCACUAUGAUCGCCCCGUGGUCCGAUCCCAGCUUCGAUUGGCAGGAAGACCCGGACUGGACCAUUGUGCGCUUCGGCGAGGGCAUGGUCGACAACUGGAAACGCUACUAUAACGAUAUGAUGGAAAAUUGUAGGCCACCCUGCCCUGGAUGGGGCGAUGAUGACCCGGAGAACUUCCCGACCUCCCCGACCGCCACCUCCAGUUCCGACGACGAGACAUCUGGAUCGACGUACUCGACCACCGAUCAGUCUGAGACCACCCAACAGGAAAUCGAGGGGGCCUCGUCCCUCUCAAAGCCCGGAGAACACCCGGUCGCCCGGGCCCCUCCGCGAUCGAUCCUCAAGAAACAUGAGAUUUCUGCAGUCGGUGGGCGAUCCAAGAAGUCGCUGUCCUGGCAAGAGGAAGAAGAUCUUUCCCCCAGAUGAAUUGAGCGGAGUAGCAGGCUCUCCCGGAUGACAUCCUGGAUCACCAUCAUUGGGGAUGUGGCGCAGACCGACAUCUCAAAUAAAACCCAACCGGCAUCAUGAUCCCAACAUCCCAUUCGCCUGAGUGAACAGACUGCGUCUUUUCAUCUCAAUCCGAGAAGUUGCCGUGGGACGGAU